GUAUCAACGGGGGGGAGACGCAAAGGUCAGCUAAGCGGAGGACCACAAAAAACUUGCCACGGGUGUAGAACUCCGGACAAUAGAGUGACGGGAGGAGAACAACACCCUUGCCAGGGAGGAGGAGAGGCGUGCCAGUACUGGCUGUGCCGGUGUUGGGUGGAAAAGUGGCUGCGAUCGUCUGCACAGCUCUCACACUUCAUGUGCUGCGUAGAUUUCGAAAAGGAACCGUGCCCGUGCGGAAAGAGGAAGAAAAAUGCCCGAAAAGGGCCCACCUCCCUUUUGGACCGAUCUACGCAGGCCAGGACUCGAAAUGUGGGCACGAGCGUUUUCGAGCUGCCGUCGACCCAGACAACACCAACGACCGCCGAUUCUACUCCGACACCGGCGCCGACGCCACGAGAGGGCACAACAUACUCAACGUGCACCUCGGUUGGCCAGAACCGGGUAUCGGUUGUCGAAUCUAACGGCCGCUACAUGUGUUCACGGCCCGAGUGCAAAACGUGA